AUGCAAAAGCAGGCCCAGUCUUCCAAACAGUAUAAUAACACGGAACGCGGUCUUUACCUCUCUUCUACUUCAAUCAACACAAACCAAAAACACUCCUCUCGUCCUAAAUCUCCGACUCCUAGCGAUAUUUCCACCAGCACUACUCUGGUCAACCUCCCCAGAAUGACUCAACGAUCCGCCAGUCCCGUCCAGAUGUCUCCCCGCUCUUCCUUCAGCAGUCUUUCCCGCUCCGACUCUCACUCUCGGAAGCACGUCCGUCACUCCAGAAAGACUAGCGACGACUACCGCCGCUACAAUGGCACCGUGAACCACUACGGUCGUCACUCGAACGACUGGCUGUUCGGAGGAUUCAGUCUGCGCGAUACCGUUCGCGGUGGUGUCGAGCGACUCCGUCACCACAACCACCACGGAAACGAGGGCUGA